AAGAGAGAAAUUUGUCGCGGCGGUUGCUGUGGCAGCGGAGCGGCCUAGGUAAGGCCCUGAGACGGCAGGAGCCGGAGGGAACGGACGGCAGGAGCUGGUCGAGGAGGGCCCGAGGCCUGGUGAGAAGAAGGAGUAAAGGCGGGAAGACUGGUUGGACCCGGAGGGCCGGGUGAAGAGGCGCCCCUGAGGUCUUUUGCACCCGCGACACCUUCCCCCCGUGGGUUGUCUGAGCCAACGCAUCUUCUGCCAGGCCGGUUGCCAGCGUUCAGACGGGACUGAGCCGGGAAUAACUCUCUGCCCGGCCCUCAGGAGAUAGGUCUUUAGCUCUAGUCUACACAGACUCAGAGGCCCGAGUUGCUAGGCAACUUGCUAAUCAGGAAGAAGUGAAAGAAUUUUGUACCCCCGACACACAGGAAAGACUGGAAUAGGGGAAAUGUAGUUCUUUCAAUGUGGAUGCCACAGUUUAGCAUGAUUGGACACAGCAUUAUUUCUGGCAAAUGAAAAUAAUAGGCCCUGGUGGCAUUUCUAUGUUUGGAAUUGAAAAGGAUGAAGAGAGUAGCAGCUGCUAAAAAGCAGAAGAAUAUACCAAUUAGUUCAAGUAAACAAACUGGUAUAUCCACAUGGAUAGCAAAUGGCAGCAAAAGUACACAGGAACAUAAAGACCAUGAAACACCUUCCAAUGAAGAGACAGACUGCACCCAGGAUCCUCUUGAAGAAGCACUGGUCUUUUUGACAAAAAUUAAAGAUCGUACUUCUCUGAAAAAUGAAACUUUGCAGAAACACUUAUUAAGUGUGGAAAAGAUUGCCCAGGAAAGAGGUUUGACGCCAGAAGAAAUUGAUGCCUUGCUGAAUAUAGCACUCAGUGGCAAGUUUGCUGAAGUGAUAAACACUCGACUGUUGAAGAACCUGAUUCCCAUUUCAACAAUAACAGAGGAUUCAAUUGUUUCAGCUGUUUCAUGGCUUUGUGUUGGCAAAUGUUCUCGCAAUACUCAAGUUCUCUUCUUAAAAUGGUUAAUUGCAAUGUAUGAUUUGAUUGAUCAUAAAGAAAAGGUUAAUGCACUCUAUGGGUUCUUCUUCAACUUCUUACAGGAUGAAAAAUUGUGCCCCUUCGUCUGCCAUGUGCUAUAUUUGCUGACCAAAAGAGAAAAUGUAAAACCUUUCCGUGUGCGACGACUCUUAGAUUUAAGAUCCAAGAUGGGAUCAGAAGCUCCAUUGCAGGCUCUUCUCUUAAUGUAUAAAAGCUUUGCUCCAAGCAUGGUGGCUUCAAAUGUGUUCCAAAGCACAAAGAUGCAAUUUAAGAACUCAGAAAACCAGUGGAAAACUGCAAUUGGUAACAUAAAGCAGCGGAUUUAUGGCAUUUCACCUACAUCACAACCAGUUUUAGCAUUUCAGCCCCCAAAGAAAAAAUGGAAUUCAAAAUUGAUGAUACCUGAGAGUAACAGCAACUCUGAUUAUUCGGCUCAGAGUUCUACGGCCAAUUGUAUCGAUUUCAAUAGUCAUCCUGAAUUCUUCCCAGUGCAGCAUCUUCAGACUUUCUCCCAGCUUUUGGAGAACAUCCAUUGUUUAGAACUUCCUUCCCAAAUAGGCUCAGUGUUGGGAAAUCACCUGUUGCUCCACUACGUUAAUUGUGUCACAGACGAUGUCGUUUACCAGAGGAUGUACUAUUGGCUUGGCCAAACCUUCAGAGAAGAAUGCCCUUGGACUAAGAUUGAAAACCAGAAAUAUGAACUGGAAUUCAGAUUCUUGGACACCGUUUUGGAAGCUGAAUGCUUCUUACAGGAGGGCUUCUCGUCUUGUGAAGAAUUUUUGUACCGAAGUCUGCCCUUCUAUGGCUGCUGCUGUAGGUCACAAGUCCUGCAGAAUAGUUGGAUUCCCCUCAGCAGCUUCUCAGAAAUGAAACCUUAUCUCUGCAAGCCGUUGACCCAGCUGUUUUUCACCUCAUCACUUUAUUUUAAGUGUAGUGUUCUUGAAAGCCUGAGGGAACUGCUACUGAACUGGCUGAAUUGGCACUUCUUGCAAGCAGAUAUGGCAGCUGAGUUAAAUGCAGGAGUCCUGAACACUUCUGUUUCAAGCCUGGUUAAUUCUAUAACAGAACUCACAUUUGUUGGCCGGCUUUCAACCAUUGCCCUGCACUUGGAGAACAACUCUGCUUUUUUAAUGCACUUUGUUCUGGAUUUCUAUGAAAUAGUAUGUGACAUGUUUCAGAAGUACCAGAUCCCUUUGCUUGUGAUCCCUCCUGCAGGUUUCUAUCCAGCACUUCUCAGCAUGGAUUCUGUCACAGUGGACCAGCUAUGCCACAUUAUGUUCAGGUACUGA